AUUCCCACUACAGUCGAAAAGUUCCGUCUUUCCCCUCUUCUACAUCUUUCUUACACUCAUUCACUUUUCAACGGAAUGCGCACCUUCAGCUCUGUUACAUUAUUUGCAGCCGCUGCCUUUGUUGGCAGUCAGAUAUCAUCCGUCGUUGCUGGCGGUGGUCAGACGGUUGAAAUUGUCAACUCUUCAAACUUCUGUUUCUUUUUGCCACCACCUGGAUCAAGUGACAUGAACAUUUCUGAUAACGAAGGUGAUGCUGUCGCCUACUGCAAAGGUAGCACUCCCAAGGUUUCCGAUUCCAAUACAUUCCCUUCAGGUUUCAUUUUGUCCGCUCACGUCGUCACCACCAGUGACUACAUUCAAGUCACUGGCCAAAUUGACCCCACCAAGGCUGGUCUUAAUGCCAAUGAUGAUGGUGGUCAGUAUGAUAUUAUGGCCCCUAAGGGAGCCACCUGUGCUGGAUAUGCUUAUUUCGUCAACCUUGUCGAACCUUCCGGCAAUGAUUACUGUAUCAGAUGUUGUAAUACCGAGACCAACUGCAACCGUGGUAUCUCUCAAGAUGGAUGCGCUCGUGUUGUCCCUGGCGACUAUUCUGGACCAGGUGUCGAUAGCAGCAGCGAUUCCACUAGCAGCACUUCCUCAGCUCAAGAGACCAAAACUACUACCACCGAAGCUGCAGCUGCCACCACCACUUCCGACCCUACUGAUUCUACCACCACUACCACCGCCGAUGACAGCAGCAGCACCACCAGCUCUGUCGACGCUGCUGCCAGUGCCCUUAUUACUUCUAGCGUGCCUGCUUCUUCCUCAGUCGUUCCUUCUACCUCUGUUGCAAUCGUUUCCGCUUCCUCUUCCUCUUCCAUCGGUAUUGCCACCACCAAUCUACCCACCGAGAGCGUUAGCGCACAAUCUGUCAAUGCCGCUAUUUCCACCGCUCCCAUCACUUUCACCACUUUGGCACUAGGCGGUGGCAUUGUUGCACUCAUGCAAUUUAUUUAAAAUACCAUUUAUUCCCAAAUCAAUAUAGUGUAGUGAGGUCUAAUAGCUAUACAGCUUAGUUUAUUUAUCUGAAUUGAAGACCAGACACUCAAACCAACUAAUUGCUCAUUGUAUCUCAUUGUAAUUUUUUUUUUUGCUCGUACUUUCACCAUUUCAUGUAUAGAUCGAUAACCCAAAAGACAUUAAACAUCUCAAAAUGGGAUUUUUUAAUUCAUCUGUAUGCAUAGCCUCGUGUUAU